AGUCAUGGCUCGACUUACACACCACUCUUCUCCUCCUCCUCCUCCUCCUCUCACAUCCUCUCCUCCACCUUCUCCUCCUCCUCCUAUAUAAAACCUGCAAAUCCACCACUUUCUCUCAGCCCCAUCAAAACCCAUUCUCUCUCUACCUCCCCCCCUCUCUCUCUCUCUCUCUCUCUCUCAACUUUUGCACGCACCCACCAAGAAAAAGGACUAAAUCUUCAAUCUUUGAGCCUCAAAGGAAGCGAAAUCCCCUAGGAAGGAACGGGUUCUUGUUGGUUCCGGCUGCUCUUGCGGGCGUUCUCUGUUUUGCCUGGAGAAGAGGCGAAGAGGGAAAUCGAGGGAGCAUGAUGGUGGAGAGGGAAGAUCUGGGCUUGUCUCUGAGCUUGAGCUUCUCUGACAGCAGUCGGCCUUCCCAGCUCGGCGCCUCUCCUUUCGGGUUCAACCUCUACAAGCCAUCUCACCGCGACUGCGAGACCUUCGCUUCAUUAGAUCGGAUCUCGGAGGCGGAUGCGCGGCCGUCCCUGCGGGGCAUCGACGUGAACCGGCCGCCGCCGUCGGCGGCGGACUGCGAGGAGCAGGAGGAGGCGGGGGUGUCGUCCCCGAACAGCACUAUCUCGAGCGUCAGCGGGAAGAGGGGCGAGAGGGAGAUGGUCAGCGGCGGGGAGGACAACGAGGCGGAGAGGGACUGCAGCCGCGGAGGCAGCGACGAGGAGGACGGCGAGAACUCGAGGAAGAAGCUGAGGCUGUCCAAGGAUCAGUCGGCCGUCUUGGAGGAGAGCUUCCGAGAGCACAACACUCUGAAUCCCAAGCAAAAGCUGGCGUUGGCUAAGCAGCUAGGCCUGCGACCUAGACAAGUAGAAGUCUGGUUUCAGAACCGCAGAGCACGGACCAAGUUGAAGCAGACGGAGAUAGACUGCGAGUUCCUGAAGAGGUGCUGCGAGAACCUGACGGAGGAGAACCGGCGGCUGCAGAAGGAGGUCCAGGAGCUGCGCGCUCUCAAGCUCUCCCCUCAGUUCUACAUGCACAUGCCCCCUCCCACCACCCUUACCGUCUGCCCCAACUGCGAGCGCGUCGGGGCGGCCGCACCGCCGCUCCCAUCCGCCGGCGGCGGCGGCAGGCCCGCCCACCAUCGGGAGCCCGUGCCCAUGAUCCCAUGGGCCGCGCGGCCCGGCCCGGUCUCGCACGGGGCUCUCCGGCCCAGGACGUGACUUCGGGGAGGACAUUUUGGUCAACUCGAGGAUGUCUUCAUAGCCUUUUUAGGAUGCAGUACCGGUGGGGAUGUACCUAAGUAUCUGAAAAAUGGUAAAAAUAUGGGGAUGGGGCAAAAGCAAAGUCUAAAGAUACGGUGGUUGGGAUUGGGAUAUGGUGGGGUCUUUUAUGUGAUGUUUUUGUGGUAUAUUUGACCCUCUCCUCUCUCCCUUACCUUGUCCCCACUCUCUCUUCUGGGUUUAGAUCUGAAUCUUGACUUCAGUCUUCAUCGAAUUGUAUGACGACAAAUUCUCUCUGACUAGGGCCCGACUCUUAAGGGAAAAAUCUCUUUGCUUUGCACCA